AUGGCGACGCGAAAACGAAACGAAUAUUUAGACGUGGAGGAGAGCGACGAGGACGAGAAAGGCUAUGACUCGGAAGAAGAGAGCAGAGCGCGCAUGCUACCAGCAUCGAAACGACAGAAAGUAAACCAGGACUCAGAAGCAGAGGAGGACCAGGAAUUGGACACCGGUGACGAGGACUUUGAACAUGACGACGCCGAAGACGCAGAGAAUGAUGAAGAUCGCAUACACAAAAGUUUUGCCUCUAAAAACGCUGAGCUCGCGCACCUCGAAAAGCUCGCCGCGUCUCUCCCCGCUGAGUUCAGACUACAGUCUACGAAACUUGGAAAAGCCCUUCCCCAAUCCUCGCUCAAAAAGGAUAAAUCUGGCGUCAUAUAUCUAUCGCGUGUCCCACCUUUCAUGAAACCUGCCGUCCUUCGCUCUCUCUUAACACCAUAUGGCGACGUAGGCCGCAUCUUCUUAACACCCGAAGACUCCACAGCCCGAACCCAGCGUCUACGCAACGGCGGAACACGACGAAAACUCUUCCUCGACGGCUGGGUUGAAUUUCUACACAAGCGCGACGCGAAAUUUGUAGCGGAAAAUCUAAAUGCGCAGACAAUGGGCGGCAAGAAGAGAGGGAGAUGGCAUGAUGAAGUCUGGAAUAUCCGAUACCUAAGUGGAGUGAAAUGGGGUAAUCUAGUGGAGCAGAUUCAAAAUGAAAAUGCAGAGCGCGCGGCAAGACUUAGGUUUGAGAUUGCUCAGGGCAAGAAGGAAAACAAGGCAUUCUUGGAGAAUGUGGAGAGAGGAAAGAUAGUCAGCGGAAUUGAGGCGACGAGGAGGAAGAGAGGGGAGGAUGUUGAUGGCGCCAAUGAAACUGCCGAAGCGGUACAGGAGACGGAGGGCACUUAG